AUGGACGAAAACACACGGUUUCUGCAGGGUGUCACGAAGCACGGUGGUGCGUGGGCACGGCUCGCACAAAAACACACUGAGCUCGGGGUGGUAGCCGUGGAAGAAAGCGAAGGUGAAGAUGGUGCUCAUGCCUCUCGUCGCAACAACGACGACAGCAGACACGUGGACGAAGGCCGAGAUAGUGAUGGCGUUGGCGGAGAUAAGCCUCGUACAUCGCUGGCAGCAGGGCCGGCCGGUGAAGGCACGAAGCAGCCGGGGAAGAAGGCGCGGAAGGGGGGGGACAAGGGCAGCAAGCAGGGGAAAGAUAAGAAAAAGCAGAAGAGUCGGCGCGGGUCCAGUGAAUGGGACGACGAAGAGCACGAGCGGUUUGUCAAGGGUUUCGAACGGCACGGCAAGGCGUGGGCGGAAGUAGCGCAAGUGGUGCGGACGCGGGACGAGGGUCAGGUUCAAGGGUACUCUGCCCGUUGGGUUACCCGUACCGGUGGCCUUCACGAAAGCUUUCGCAAGAUUGGCGAGUGGGAAGGCGACGAGCACGACCGGUUUAUGGAGGGGGUCAAGCUGUACGGCCGCUCGUGGGUCGAUGUCGCGAGCGUGGUGCGCACGCGAACGAACCGGCAAGUGAUCAUGCACGCCAUGCACCGCCUGAACGACGACCUGUCCUCCAAGCCCAGCUUACGGGCUUGCACAUCAACAGGGCCACAGGCAACGGAUCGAGCACCUCCCCCGGCACAACCACGUGCUGCCGUAAACGGCGGCGAUUGGGGAGACGACGAACAUGAGGCUUUCAUGAAGGGAGUCAAGAUCUACGGCCGCUCGUGGGUCAGUGUAGCGAGACUCAUGGGCACGCGCACCAACGAACAGGUUCGAGCGCACGCCAAGCAGUACCUCAACAAGGACCUGACCGAGAAACGCCCGUGGAGGUCUAAGAGGAGCAAGUCCACCACCCCUCCGGUGCCCAAGGCACCGACGCCUUGCCGGAAGGUCGCCGCCGCCGCUAGCCCCGCGUCCGGCGUGGGUGUCUCGAGCGCGCCCGCGUCGUUGGCACCGUCGUCGGUGCCUGCACGCCCCGCGCGAAGGAAGGCGGCCGCCGCGGCCGCCGCUAGGAUUGAGUCCACGACUGCUGGGGGUGACGCGGAUGGUGGUGGCGAUGAGGAGGAGGAGGAAGGGGGUGGAUGGAGCAAGCGAGCACGGCUCCCCGGCGAGGUCGGCGGGGGGGCACACGAGGAAGGGCACACCCAGGACAAGAGUGCUGGCAAGAAAAAGAAAGCGAAGAAGACGAAGAAGAAGAAGAAGAAGGAAUAA